UGGUGGGUUAAAGUUCGUGAGGCAAAAAUGAUAAAUGUGUCUUAGUGUGACAAUUAAAUUUUUAAAAUGAAAUCGUUAAUUGACGCAUAAAAUAAUUUAAAGAAAUAGAAAUAAAAAGUAAAAUAGUUUUCAAUAAACGUGCCAUAUCACCCUUCACCCUUUUUUGGAGAGGCUGCUAUAAUUAGCUUUGAUUGUGGGCACUCUCCACAUAUAAACAAAUGUACAUAAAUAUUAAAUAUUUUCUUUUAUACUGUUAUAAAGCGUUUGCAACAAUAAAAUCAAGCGCUAAUUGAAAUUCAUUCUCAAACAAAUUGUGAGCGUUUAAUUUAUAUGUGAAUGUUUUCAGCACUCAACACUUAUGUAUCAAUUCUCGCGCCUAACUCUGGAAUUCGCAGAGUCUCUUAAAAAUAAUUCACACACAAUGCUGCUUCUAGUGUGAUUUUUUAGUAUUAUUUGCGCAUCCAAGUUUCGCUUAAUUUGUUUUGAUAAGCUUUGCGAAUUCGACUUUGAAGCAGCUCAAAGUUGGCACUGCAAAUUAUAUUUGAUUUAGUAUCGCUCUAAGCUUGAAAGAGGCAACUAAACCGGUUUUAUAUAUUUUUUCUGUGUUUGAAUUUCCCAAAUUUGUCAAUUAAAUACGCUUAACUGAGAAAAAUAUGUGUAAAAUUUUGCUUUUGCUUUGCAUUUCGAUGGGUUUGAACGAGAAUAUGUUCGUUGAGCCGGCAACAAUACCUGAGAGCCAUAAUGAAGUUUGGGGUGCACGUAGCUCAGGUGACGUACUCAUUAAGCGUGAAAUAGUGAAAGAGACUUUUAAACCGUUGCGCGUGGUGUCGAGUGACUAUGAAUUCAGACAAAAGGCUGAUAGUAUUGUCCAUCCCCGUACGAUUACCCAAAUUGUGGUCACAGACAUCUAUACUGAUGGCGAUGGUGGCUAUGCAUCAUUGAAAAGCGGUGGACCAGGAAUGGAUUUUGCAGUUAUACAUUUAAAAAGCCAGCGUGGUCAUGGUUAUCACUUUACUCUUGAUUUCUAUGGACAGUGAACGAAAUUUCGAUUAUGUAAUAAAAAAAUAUGUAUUUUACAAUAGUUUUGAGAUGACUUUUAAUAGAACAUCUACAUAUUAAAACUGUUGGGACGAGAUUAAUUUUAUAAUAUUAAAUAA